AACACGCAAGCGCAGUACAAGUUGUCUGGCAGUGGUAAACAGACGUCAGAAGGGAGUCUUCGCCUCAAGUCAAAACAAAACAAAAAAAUAGAUACGAUGACUGAAUAUUUUGACAUCCAUAAUGGACACAAGUCGAGCAAAAAUAUCCAAUAAAAGGGGCAAAUUCCAAAGGAAGGUACUGAAGGUAUUUUCCGACUUUUGAAAGGAUUUUAAACUCCGAAAUAACUGGAGUUAGCCAGCUAGCUUGGUGGCUAUUACGCUAUUUCCACAACUACGUUUGGUGUGUUGAGAGUGCAGCCGAUGUGUAAGAGAGUAAACUUCAAGAAACCGUGGAUUCCGAACCGUGCUUUAACGUAUCCAGGGGACGAGGACUGAUUCAAGUUAGGCACAUUCUGAAGGUUUGUGCCCGCGUGAGCAUCGUGUGCUGCGGCUCCUCGGUGUAGAGAAACAUGGCAGAUGGCGACACGCGCUUGCCCACAAUGUGGAGGAGAGUGCAAACCUGAAUCAGAAAACCACGGACUUUCUGGUCGAUUGUUUUCCUCAAAUUCUUGUUACAGACCAUCAUGAUCAAACUGUUCAGUAAGGUUUUGCUCUCAACAUUACUUUUGUCGGUUGACUUAAAUUACUAAACUAGCAAGUAAUAAUGCUGUAGCGGAAAGAAACGACAUCCAGCAUAACAUUACUGUUUUGACUUAUUUUCAGCAGUAAACGUGGAAUUGGUUAGAUAAUCAAAUAUAGCAUAGUUUUUACUUGAAAUAUUGAUCAUCUUUUUGCUAUAGCUCCAUGAAUCCACAAAGUGACAUUGUUUCAUAGGUAUGAGUGACGGCUAGGUGUAUUGUGCAUUUUGUUAUCAAUUAGUUGUUGUUUACACAUAUAUAUAUAUAUAUAUAUAUAUAUAUACAUAUAUCACAAUUAGAAUUGUGAUAUAAAUAUUGUAACUUUUUAUCGGCUCCAGUAUUCUAUUGGAGCGCGAGGUUAUUUCUACGUGCGAAGGAGCGAGACCGCACGUUGUUUACAAGGGCAGACCGAGGCAUCGUUAAAUUUAGCUAGUUGACCAUUUGUAACGAACGCUCUUUUGUGACAGUGACCCACUGUGUAAUCCUAAUUUGUGAGUUCUUUUCAAGUAUAUGUUCUUGAGGGCGACUCUAUUUUAAUUUUAUUUUAAAGGAAGACACAAUAAAUAAACAUUUCAAUUUAUAGUGUUAUAAUUGUAUAGCUACUUUCCCUUUAAUUAGUUCACCUUUUCACAAACUUCGCAUAGAUUUACAUUGUCUCCAACAAACUACCAAAACUAAACUGAGAAGUUUUUUAAUUUGAUAUAUAUAUAUACCCCACAGCAACGUUUUACCAUAACACGUUAUGUGGGCCAUCAAUUGCAUUGUAUUCUGAUUGCAAUCCAGAUGUUUUGGUGUGCAUUCCUCCCUGAGUUCCCUUUGUUCUUUUAUACAAACAAAGGAACCCUCAUCACAGCCUUUCUUUGCUCAAUGUAAAUAUGAAGGUUUAUAAUAGUUACUAUUAAGGAGAUUAUUUGGGUCCCCUAAUCUCCAAUCUCAGGAUUAACAGACGCUAUAUUGGUGUAUCCAGAUUGUGUCUUUCUUCUACGAGUCCCCUUAAUAGAGGAUGGAAAAUUGCAUUUUUUGUAUGAUAGUUUAAGUUUAUAUUGAACUUUUGGUUAUACAAUAAUUUUAUUAGACAAUCUAGUUUGAACAUAGACUCAUCAGAUAAUAAUAAUAAUAAUAACAAGCAUUUCGUUACACCGGCAAUAACACCUGCUAAAUAUGUGUAUGUGACCAAUAACAUUUGAUUUGAUUUAAUAGGCCUACAUUUUGGUGUGCCUGUUACAAACACGUGUUGACAAACCUCCCCAGAUUAUAUAUUUGUUUUAUUUUUAUUUAGUAGAGAUUUUUCAGUCUGACUUAUUUAUUUUGACGUUUUAUAUUUUAAGUAUUAUUUCUUAGUAGUCAACAUUUAGAAUAGUUCAGAAGUGAAGCAAAUCUUUUGUGGAAAAUCUCUUACAAUGGAGGAUUCAAAGGUACCCAAGAUUGACCCAGAUUUUGAGCCGCAAAGCAGACCUAGGUCGUGCACAUGGCCGCUUCCCAGACCCGACAUCUCAGCUGUUAAACCGGAGGGGGCAGACGGACCUGAAUCCGCUGCGGGAACCCCGCCCGCCGACGAGGAUAAGCAAGAGCAACAGCAAAUCGUAUGUGAGCCUGAGAAAGUUGUGGUCUCAGAGGGAGGAGUUGUAGCCGGAGUGGGUGGAGCCACGCCCCGAAAGGGAUCAUCCCGGCGCAAUGCAUGGGGGAACCAUUCCUACGCGGACCUGAUUAGCCAGGCUAUUGAGAACGCUCCAGAGAAGCGCUUAACGUUGGCACAGAUAUAUGACUGGAUGGUGAAAACCGUGCCUUACUUCAAAGAUAAAGGAGAUAGCAACAGCUCAGCAGGGUGGAAGAAUUCAAUUCGCCACAAUUUAUCACUCCACAACAAGUUCCUGAGAGUUCACAAUGAGUCCACAGGCAAAAGUUCCUGGUGGAUGCUCAACCCAGAGGGGGGCAAGACUGGGAAAGCCCCCCGGCGCCGUGCUGCCUCCAUGGACAACAGCAGCAAACUGCUAAAGAGCCGGAUGCGGGCCAAGCAGACCAAGAAGGCAGCAGCAGGCUUGGGCGGGACCACCGGGGGAGACGGCGAUGGCGUCACAGACAGUCCCAACUCCUCCCAGCAGUUCCCCAAAUGGGGGGUGAACAGCGGCAGCCCCUCAUCCCGCGGUAGCCUAGACGACCCUGACAUGUGGACCAGCUUCCGUCCACGCACCAGCUCCAACGCCAGCACCUUGAGUGGCCGGCUGUCCCCCAUUGGUCCCGGCCAGGAAGAUGAGGAUGACCUGCCUGAGGAAGGUCUACUGGGCUACUCCACGGGCAACCUGCCGCCAACCCUCACCGAGACACUCAUGGAGGAGCUGGACCUGAUCGAUGGCCUGACGCUGAUGACAGAGCAGCAAGGAAGGGGUAGUCCCAGCACGGCACCCAUGGUGCCCCCCACCCCUCUGCCCUCCGCUUCCACCUUGCUUCCCCGGGGGUCCGGGUUCCCCACAUUCCGUCAGCUGCAGCCACCCAACCUCUCCCAGGCCACCAACCAGAUUGGGGGACAGUCCUCAGGCACACAAUCUGGCAACAAUAAUAACUCCAAACCCUCAAACUAUGGCAACUCCCUCUUCAACCCAAUGCCUACCCCCGGCUCCCAUGGGACUGGUCACUAUGGCACCCAAGUAGGCUCCAGCUUGGAGGCAUUGCUCACUUCGGACUCCCCGCCUCCCAGUGAUGUCAUGAUGACGCAGGUGGAUCCGCUGAUGCCCAGUCCGGGUGGAGUGGGGAUGAUGGGCAUGGGGGGGCCCAUGGUGGGAGGGCGGGCCAAGCCCAACCAGCUGUUGCUGGGGAAGGGGCUUGAGCCCAACACUGUGGCACCCAUGGGGAUGCAAUCUCAACUCCAGUCCCAGCUCCAGCAGCAGCACUCUCAGCUGGGCAUGAGCCUGUCAGGCAUGGCCCAGGACUCUCCACAGUUCUCCGGCCUCAAAGCCCAGCAUGCACAGCUGCCAGGUAUGGGGCUUCACCACGGAGGGGGCCUCUCCGCCAAUGCAGGAGGAGGUCUGCCAGGGAUGGGCCAGUUUGGUACGCCGAGCUGCUUCCUGCCCAGUCAAGACCGCUUGCCCACCGACUUGGAUAUCGAGAUGUUCACAGAGAACUUGGACUGUGACGUUGACUACAUCAUCAACAGCGACCUCAUGGAUGGAGAGGGCAUCGAUUUCAACUUUGACCCCAUAAUCCAGGGAGGGCAAAGCUACUCCGGCCCUGCGACCACGCAGAGCUCCGCCCACAACUGGGUACCCAGCUAACUUCCCAGCAACCCUUGCAGUGUUAGCCAGGAGAUUAAUCAAGAACAUCACAAAGUCAACAUUUGUCUUUGACUCUUUGUUGCGGGUAAGGAUCCCAAUCACACAACUCAACGACACUCACAACAAAGAUCACACCUGGUGCAUUCCCAUUCCUCGUCUCCCUAUUGGCUGAAGAUCCGAAGCAAUAUUUUUAACCUUUGCGUUUGUACUUUUGAGUUUUCUUCGGAUUUAAGGACGAAACAAGACCUCAGACAUCCAUGUCACGUGCCAAUACAAGUGGAUGGUCAGGAGAUCCACCAUACAUGAGACACCCCCCCCCCCCCCCCCCCCCAGACACUCUAGUAACACUUGCAACUUUUGGGGAGUUUGCCCUAUGUAUUUUUUGGAGUGUUUUUGAGAGAAGUAUGACAGAAUUUAUUUAGAGUAAAAAGACAAAACACAACAAACAACUCUAAACUACUUGGAGUUAAUAUAACAAUGAAUAUUAUUACUAUACCAAAGUAGUUUAAGGAUUGAUAUGGUACACCUCAUUGAUGUCUUUGAUAUUGAAGGUAAAAUGGACGGGGCACACAGGAAAACAUGGCCAGUUUUCGUAUAAAUUGUAGGUGGUAAACGAUUACCGACCACCACCAACUUAGACAUAAAAUGAAGCUGCUGCAUCUGUAUAUAUGGAGGGAAUGUGGUUCAAACACAAAAACACUCCUCUGUACCUUCCCCAAUGAAAAUAUUGAGAAGUUGCAGCUUGACUAUGGACGGGUUGGUUGUGUGGCAACAAAACCAACGGGCAAAACAGAAAGGGCUGCAGCUGCGUGGGCCCAGGUCCAUCCAAUCAGAUUGAGCGAAAAAAUAAAUGAUAGUAAUCGUCUUUUUACCUAAACAUGCAAACACCAUUAGAUAGAAUUCAUAGCAAGCAAUUUUCGGUCAGUUUUGUUGCCGACUAACUAACUCUCAUUAACCGGUCAACAAAUGGUUACAUUUGUCCCAAACAGUAAAAUGACAUGACCAACAGACAAUAUCCUACUAUGCAUGCAUACAAGGAACGGACAUGUUUCAUUGUGAACUUAAUGGAAACAUGCAACAACAGCAAGCCUAUCGUCUUACAGUCAAAAGGCUAUAAUGUCUAUUAUUGAACGUUCAACUCCUGUAAUGAAGCAGUUAAUAAAACCUCAAUUUCAAACAUUUGCCAAAAUGCAAUUCUAAACAGCACACCUAAUGCAAACGGUUCCAUAUGUGACAGAUAUGAAACUUAGAAUGAUGGGGAAUCUAAUAGCAACAACUAAGAUGGUUUUCUAAUAUGACUACGAUUGUGUCUUUAGGUUCUGGACAACGAAAGAAAGAUAUGAAAACCAAUAGAGCAGUAGAAAAUGAUGGUUAAUGGCAUGAGGAAAUCUUUAUAAAAUAAUAAUAUCCUCCAUGUUUCUAUGGUUGGAUUUUGGCAAGGCUACUUUGAAGCAAGGUAAGACAUGCCUCGUUAUUUAAAGUAAGGUAAAACGAUCAGGUUUCAAACAAUUAUGCUGCCUCAAGCUCACAUUGUAAAGUGGUGGGUGACACGCUGAUAGACUGCCUACCGUUGACUAUAGCAUAUGCACUCAAAUGGCGAAUGGGAGGUGCACUUGAAUUAUGAGUUGAAUUUGAGAAAUAAAAAUUUAUAUUUUUAGCUGUGGCCAUCAAAACAGUUAACACGCAAUGACUGGGCUUAUAAAAUAAUAUUUCACUCUAGUACCAGCUUUUUGAGGAGCUACUCUCGCGCUGUCUGACAGGUGGUAGGCUAUUCUGCUCCUCAAACUAGACUCUGUAUGCUGUGCUUGUGAUAACUAAGAUGCAUGACGACUAACAAAAAUACACACACCAAUUUAAUUUCACAGAAUUAUGCAAAUUAACCUAUAGACCGAUAAGCAUGACUGGUCAAAUGUAUUUUCGGCGGCUAACCAAUUAACCGUUAACAUCCCUACAAGAAGUGCACUGGAAUAACAUUCAGAUGAACUGGAAUGACAUUCACUCUCAUGGGAUGGGUGGCCAAAAAUAACUAACUGAAAGCCACACUCCCAAUAAGCCAUGAAUAUGACCGCAUUGAGGCAUAUGUCACUGUGCUUCUAUGACUAUAUGCACUAUAUAAAUGCACCAUACCACUGCCUACUUUGUUCAUUUAGCAAACAAGACCGCUCAUAAUUCAGUGCCUUUAUCACAGUCAAUACACGUAUAUGAGUUUUAAAAAUGCUAAUUUUUCUCUCUGCCUCAUGACAAAAUAAAUAGAAUUGCCGUAAAUUAGGGGGGAACCAAUUCAUUUCUGGCUGCACUACUGCAUGGUUGGCUUAGAUUGUUGACAACAUGUAAACUAUAUUUAAUCUCAAUGUUUAUUGAAAACAUAAAUACAUUUGCACAAUGAGCGCUUGUCUCAUAGAUCGUUAAAGUUGUUGAUUAGCUAGCUCAUUUUAGCCAUAUUAGCAUUGACAUGAAAUCAGUCAAAACACAUUAAAACAAGACACGGUAUCAAGAACAAGAUAAAACUAGCUGAAAUGAGCCACCUACGAUUCCCCACAUGGCAACUUCUUGUCAUUGUUACUAGCCAUCUGACCAUUCAGAAUCAUAACAAAGCUCAGCUUCUGGCCCCAUUGUGCGUCAUUUUCGUGACGUCAGCCAACCUGUAUGACGCGGGCAAAGUGUGAAGAUGUUAAAGGUCAUUGGAUGAGACUGAGUUAAGGAUGCACGAUUUGACAUUGGACUCUGCAGGUUGACCGAACUUAGUUGAGCGUUUGGUCGCUUGAUGGUACGAAACAUGUGCUUUUUGUUUAUUUUUCAUUGAAGAGACUGGAGCUACAAGGUAACUAGGAGUUAUUUCAGUGGUAAUUCAGUAAUUGAACAGUGCAGGGUAUGAUUAGGGCCGGGACGACACCAAUAUCGCAAUACUCCUUAGUAUCGUGGCAAGGAAAUAAAACACAAAGCAGAUUUAACUUCUUUAUCAAAACUAUCAUUAUGUUGUCAUCCAGGGUCACAUGUAUUUAUUUUCCAAGCUAAAGCACACAAUAUUUUACAUACAGCAGGUUUUUAAAGGACCAACAAGUUGGUCUGCUUCGUGUUUUUAUUUUUGCCAUAGGAAAAAUAUUGCGACACUGCUAUUGUCCCGGCCACAUAUGUGAUAUGCAUUCACAGUUUGGCAUUCGUGACUCUCAGUGUGUGCUAAAGAGCAGGGUGGAAAUAACUUUGGGGGAGUAUUUUUUUUCUCUCCUGAUGUGCAAUUUCACCAACAAUAUGAAGAAAUGUGAAUUGUGAACUUUUUACAGGGGGCAUUCAAAGGUAAUUUUAUUUGCCAACAAUUGAUUUGGUUGGCCAAGUGUUAUAUCAUUGAAAGCAGUAUUCCUCCACUGCUGUAUGGGCCACUUGAAGGUUUUACAUGUUGUGUUUCAAGGCACUUGGGAGUAUUCCUGUCAGGUGGCAAGCAUACUCAAAUGGCAAAAGAAGAGCUGAAAUCCAAGUUAGGUUGAAUCAUUUCAUCAGAGGAGGAAGGUUGUAUAUGUGCUAUGCACAUAGACAUGACAUGCUAUGCAGAUCAAUCAGGAUAACUAAAAAUAAGUCUUGAAGGAAAUUAAGAUCUCCUUUUGAAGGGUUUUGCUAUUUAAUGUUUUCCUUAAAUGUUAUAUCGCUUUAAGUAAGGGAAACCGGGGCUUCAUGUGGGAAUAAUUUCUCACUAAUUACACUUUGUUAUACAUUACUAACCGUUUUUUAAAUGAAAUUAAUACAAUGUGUGAAGUAAAAAAAAAAAAAGAAGACAUUUCACUAGUUUAAUAUACAAUUUAAAUGGAGGUUAUAAGUGAAAUAUUAACAGAUAUUAAUAUAUUACUAAUCAGAAGAAGAAUAAAAAAAAAUGGAAAAACUAUUUCAAAGAUCAUUUUUAACAGUCAUUUUCUAUAUAUUCUUUUAUUUUUGUAAAAGAUGAGAUGCAGGUAGUUUUUAUACAUAACCAAAGGAACACUAAGAAUUGCAUGGCAGAAAAGGGGGUGCUUGGGACAAUGUAUAUCAGUGCAGAUAAGCUUUGCAAGUGGAGCCUGUUCAAAGACCUGUCAUUUUAACAAAUGACAAGGCAGGUGAGGUGAGGCAAAGUGCAUCCGUGGACCAGUAUAACUUGAUUUUUCAAAUUGACUUGCCACUUAUUUAGUUCAUUUGACUUGACUAUUGUGAAAUUUAAAUCCAAAUAAAAACCUCACAUGGAAUUUACACAAUGGAGGACAUUUUGCUUUCAGCAGUGAUCUCUCAGGGUCAUUCAAAAAGAAUAACAAUGGAAACAUCUUCGUUAAGGGGGUAAUCGGAUAAUCAUCAGAAUAACAACAUUUAAGGUGAAUUUCUUUGUUAAAAUAAAAGACUGAAACCAACAGCCCCUCAUGUUCUGCUGUUUUCUGAGUAUGGCAUCCUUGACACAAGUGUCUUGGAUUCAAGCCACUUUCAAUUUAACACUUUAAAAUAGAAAUUCUAAUUUUACUGUCAGACGGAAGUACACAAGAUAUCUUUGGUCGUAUAUCAUAAUAAUAGUCUCGUUCGAGGUUGUUAAACUGCCAAUAUUGAACACUAGAACAUGUUACUCAAUAGCAAGAUGCACCAUGUAAUUUUCCACGUUUUUUUCUUUCCUUUUGAAGAUGUGUUUUGUGUUAGGCGGAAGUUUGUAUUUAAUUCUUUGUUCAUGUCAGAAAAAAGGUUUUCGUUUAUUGUAAAGUUUUUUUUUUUUGUGUUGACCAGUUUUUCAUCUGAAAUGCAUCCCAGGUGGAGUUUUACAUGAUUGUUAAUAAUGUCACUGUAACCAUGUGAAUACAUUAGCUUUUAAUUUUUAUAAAGCACCCUUUUCUCACAAAGAUUUUCCUAUUGAUCAGUGCUAGUUGUCAUUUAUGACAUACCUUAAGAGGGCCAUAAUGUAAUGGGUGCAUAUUUAGAUCACUUUAGGGCCUUGAAUCAUUUGUAUGCAUCACACAGAUCUUGAGUGAGUAUAAAGGUAUUGAUUAGUUAAAGGUCCAAUGCAGCCAUUUACAAUUAAGUACCUUACUGUGAUUAUUUUUUUUCCAAUGAAAACAGUAAAAAAUGUACAAAAAAAUAAACAAAAAUAGCUUCUUAGCAAAGAGCAAUUUCUCAAGCAAGAAUUUUGCUAGGACCAUCUGUGAGUGGUGGGGAGGGGAAAACUAGCUGUUAUUGGCAGAGUUUGAGUUUGGAACUCUCUUUCUUAUUGGUGUAUACUAAUGGCACCAGGCAGCCCAAAACCCCAUCCCACCAAGAGGCAGUCAUUCAAAUAUUUUCAAACAGCUUUUACACUGAAAGGGUAUAUCACAACCUCAUAGUGUAGAAAUAUUUAUAAAACAUUGGACUAGUAACCAGAAGGUUGCAAGUACAAACCACCCGAGCUGACAAGGUACAAAUCUGUUGUUCUGCCCCUGAACAGGCAGUUAACCCACUGUUCCUAGGCCGUAAUUGAAAAUAAGAAUUUGUUCUUAACUGACUUGCCAAGUUAAAUAAAGGUAAAAUACAUUUUAAAAACACAGGAAAUCAAGUUAUUUACUGCACUGGGCCUUUAAAGAAACAAACCUUUAUUAUUAUUUUUGUUAUAUAUAGUGAUCCCCAAACUUUGUCACUUAAAUAGAUUUGAAAUAAAAGUGAAUACCGUGUAGUUUGAGGUAUUUUAAUAAGCAUGUAUGAAAGUCCCAUUGAUAAACAGCAAAUAAUUUUGGUUGCUGUGAUGGAUUCUGCAGUGAUACUCAAGUCAAUGAUGGCAUAAUGGGUGGACUGGCAGCCAUUGUGAGUGUACACAUAGGAGCCAUGCAGGAAGUAAAUCAAUAUGUGCUGUAAUUUGUUGAUUCAACUUAACUGACAUUAGAAAAAAUACAUUCCAUUGCAUGAGCCACAUCAGUGAAAAUCAUUUGAAUGAACAUUCUACAUUACCAUGGAAAAUAUUGCAUCACAAUACCAGGCAGCCGUUGCGAGUGUACCAAUGUCAAAUUGCCAGGGUUAGAGGUUCCAAGCCCAUUCUAUUUCUAUGGUCAUACUAUUAACAUUAUUGGCUGGGUCUUUGAGAGAUGUCCUCUCCUUAUGCAUCUUAGGGUAUGUGUGACUCAUUUUCUCAUGAUAAAAGUAGCUGUUAGUAAUCUCCUUUAAAAACUUUUUUUUUUUUUUAUAAAUGGCCCCACUUUGAUAAUAUGAUAACUUUGACAGUAUUUUAGUAUGUGGACAGUAAAUAUUUUUGUUUGGUUUUUAGAAGGGGUGGGGGUUAUCAGAGGGGUUGAUGAGUUGUGCCUAGCCAAUAUGUGUGAAUUACUUUAUUUUGAUACUUUUUGUCUUAUUUCUCUCUCAAUCUUACUUUACAUAUUGUAAAGUCAGCCAAAGACGGCAUUGGAAACAGUUCUGGAAAGUGGAAAUAAACGUAAUCUGUUUAACCAUA